UAUCUUUGUGGUGGUGCUGGCUGCUACUGGUAUAAUGCCAAGGAGGGUUUCUCCCACAGAGAGAAAGGGAGGGAGGCAGAGAGACUAGAGAGAUAGGCGGAGGGCGGAGAGAGAAGCGGGAGAGAAGACGUAAUUCUGAAAGCUGAUAGAACACUGAAGAGAGAGUGGGAGAGUGACAGACUUGCGAAGUUCGAAAUUGAAGAUAAGAGUUAGUCCUUAUCUUUAAUUCUUUAGCCUUCUGACUUCUGACUUCAUCCGAUCCGUUUCCAUGGAUCCUUUCGAUUUGUUUCGGAAAGGUUUUGGUUGAGGCUACAAAAAGUUGAGCUUUUCCCUAUAGAAUUUUUUCAAAUACAUGUGAGCGUUCUAUUUCGUGUUAGCAAAUAAUGAAUGUGUCCAAGAAAGGAACGAAAACCUUUGAGGCAAAACAAAACAUUGGAAGCAAGGUGACAGCUUUGAAUCCAAAUGCUGCUGAGUUCAUUCCCUUCUCCCUCAGAGCAUCUCCAGUUGGAAGUAGCAGUGUGCCAGACUUGACAGCAAGAUUUUCUACUUCUGGGACAUUGGGGAAAGCUGUUCUAGAUCGGACUGAGUCGUCUGUAUCAAAUAAUUCUGAUGAUGAGGCCCGCCAAUUCUGGAGGCAUCAGCUCCCUGAUGAUAUCACACCUGAUUUCAAGUCAAUGGGAGAAGAUGAGAACCUAUCUCUUGGAAAUAUUUCAAUGGCAGGCCUGUCCCUGCAUGAUGACAGCGAAACCUCUUUAUUCGCUGCUAAUAUUGGCAGUGAAUAUUUGUUGAAUGAUCAGCAGGAUUCAAAUCUAAAUCACUUUAAUGGGAGUCAAUUUGCUGAUAAGUUUAGAUUUUCUUCCGCUUAUGGAGAAGAUCCAUCUUCAGCCAGUCUUUUCCAAAUGUCAAAUAAACCUUGGCAGAAGCCAGUUCUCAAUAGCAAUCAACCUGUUAGCAACGAGCAGCAACUUCCUUAUCACAACAAUUCCGGGAGGGGAUUAGCCAUGGAUGUCUUGGGCAAGCAAACAACAAUGGAUGAAAGUGAUAUUCUGAACCCUGUUGAGUUUCUGGCUUUACAGUUCCCUGGUUUUGCGGCUGAAAGCCUCGCAGAAGUUUACUUUGCUAAUGGUGGUGACUUAAACCUGACGGUUGAGAUGCUCUGUCAAUUAGAGCUUCAAGUUGAUGGUGAGAUAAGUCAAAACCUGAAUUCCAAGACAGUGUCUGCCCCCAAUCUUAGUGCAGUGGACUUUCCUGCGCUUACAGUGUCAGGUAAUCAAAACGGUCAUCCAAAAUUUGAUGGGGCUGAUCUCCAACAAAGUAGCAACUCUUAUCUCUCUUCUGAUAAGGAUGGCAUGCUUUUCUUCAAAUCCAGCACCGCCCCAUCUAGAGGUGCUGCAGAUUUUGCUUCCACUGUCAGGAAAUUGGCAUCUCAGGAUUCUGGUAUGUGGAAGUACAAUGGAAAUGGUUCUGCUGAUGAUUCUAUUGGCUCAAGUAGAAGUUCUCAUACUUUAGCUAGCAAGUAUACUACUGGUGGUCAUGGGAAAGACACCUAUAGUGAGAGGUUGCUACAUCGAGGUUCAGCUCGGGCUGCUCCUGUUUGGCUUGAAACUGGCGAAGCAGUUGGAAACAUGUAUACUGAGCAGCGGGAGGAAGCACGUGAUCACGCACGGCUGCGAAAUGCAUAUUUUGAACAGGCACGACAAGCGUACCUCAUCGGUAACAAGGCUUUAGCGAAGGAACUAAGUAUGAAGGGACAAUUACAUAAUAUGCAAAUGAAGGCAGCUCAUGGAAGGGCCCAAGAAUCUAUUUAUCGGCAGAGAGUGAUGGCACGCUUUUCUUAAGACUUGCACAACGACUACAGGAAUUUUCUGAAUUGCUUGAUAACUCGCUUACAGUUCAUUCUGUUCUGCUGUUUAUUGAUGUGUAUGUACGGUAUUUCUUCAGGAAUCAAAUAGGUGCAGACAGUCCAGGAAAUGGAAGAGGACACGAACGCAUGAUCGACUUGCACGGAUUGCACGUUAGCGAAGCGAUUCAUGUCUUGAAGCACGAGCUGAGCGUGCUGAGGGGUACUGCCAGGGCCUCCGGACAACGUCUGCAGGUUUAUAUUUGUGUUGGAACAGGACACCACACCCGGGGCUCCCGCACUCCUGCUAGACUUCCGGUAGCUGUAC